AUGCCGCGAUUUACCCUCUAUCUCCAUAUUGCUUGCGCUUUCAUGACUGUCUGGUAUGCCGCGCAGACACUCAUCAUCGCUCAGCGGUAUGCUCCUCUCGCUGCUCUAUGGGGCAGCACAAGGGGUGGAUGCAUGGGCCCGGGUAUUCGUUUCGAUUUCUGUGCUGUCUGUGACUCGCUUGUGUUUUGCGUAGGAGUCUUGACGUCGAUUAUCCGAAUGGUGUGCAUGAUAGUUGCCCUCCAACACUCGGAUGACACCGUUUACUAUGUCUCUGUUGCGAUGUGCCGUCAUCCUCCUCUUUCCAUUCCGGUGUUGCAAGCAUUGUUCGGGGUAUAG